UUGUUAUUGUUUUGAACAAAAAGUUUUGUGUGGACAAUUUCAAAUUCACACAAAAAAGCACAAACCCAUAUAAAAUAUAGUUUGAACUAAUAGACAAGUAAUGACAACCACGAAGGGCUUUAAGGUCACAGAUGCUGAUCGAAAGACAAGAGUUGGAAUUGCCGUCAAAAAUUUGGAAGAAUUGAAGAAAAAAACCAUAGACAAGUUUAAACUUAAAUUCUCACCUGGAGAGAUAGAUUUCCAAACUACCGAUGGCACUAUCAUAGAAAAUGAAGAAUAUUUUCAGACCCUUCCUCCUCAGACGUUGCUAAUAUGGGUAAAGGCUGGUGAAAAGGCGGCCACCGACGCCGAGAUUUUAUACAAGACCAUAAGGGAAGUUAACGAUGAGUACUUAACAGCUGGGGAGAAGGUGCAAGAAUUUUUCACCGAGAAAAUGAAAAGUAAAGUGUUGAAACUGGCUGAGGUUUUGAAGGGCCUCGAUGCAGAUAAGGCCAAGUUGAGUAGCAGAUCUGAACAUCCCGAAUGGUUUCGAGGGGCGAACAGUGGAAACUCCGACGACAUGAAAAGCAUCUGCGACAGGCAAGGGACGUUCCAAUGUCAAGGCAGAUGGGAUAAGGAGCAAUGUCUAUACUCUCCGACUCACAGCAUUAAUCCGUACCUCAGCCGGGAGUCACGCAUCAUUUUUCAGACUUGGAAUCUCGAUCACAACAAGGAACGCUCGCGUUCAGUCAUCCCAGCUGUGUGCGCAGCUCUGCGGUCUUCUCAUCUUGCUGCUGCGCACGCUGAGAUUAGACGCAUCCACGUAGACCUAGACCUAGAUAAAAAAGGAAAGCAUAGGAACGUAUGCCUCGACAUUAAGGGUAUUUAUAACGAUCUAUUCACUUUGAAUAACUUGAAAUUUGUACAUAUUGUUUGUCAUGAUAAAGGUGCUCAUGUCUCAGCAAAAGCGGGCCCUUACCUGUUGCAGUGAUGUUCGGUUUUUGUACUCGGACUAGCGCAGAUCACAGAAGCAGCGCAUGGCGAGCUUAUUAGUAAUUUGGUUUAAUUAUUGUAGUCAUUCUUAUGCUAUGUCAAGACAAGAUGAACACAAAAUGGCCUAACGAUUAAAAG